AGGUUCUCCAUGUUAUACUUUGUCGUGUGCGGUGGUUGUCUCCUAAACAAAAUCUAUAACUAUGAGUUUCAAAAUGGAAUUUUAAAAAUUUUAACCCUACCUAUUUUUCUUCUUUGGUCGUGUACUGAGCUUGCCCGGGUUGCACUUGGAUACAUCGGCAACAUCAAGGAACGUGUACCAAUGAUAUCUGCAUUCCUCUUGCUCACGAUGUUCCCACAAGUCGUUGCUGUUUUUUUCUUCGCGAUUCUCCAAGAUCCCGUCUUUCCUUUUGAUCGCGCUGCUGGCAGUAUCAUGAUAUUUUACCUCGUGAUUGAGCUCUUCGUGGGGCGAUUCACUCUCAAGACGCUUAUUCAGCGCCAGACAGCGCAGUUUUUUCGUCUUUGCCAAGAGGAGGAAAUACGACGCAUGAGGCGGAUCGAGGCCGUCCUUCGCGGCGGGGCGCCCACGUGACAACGCUCGCGAGGUGGUGAAUUAGGGGGAAGGCCUUGCCAGCAGUGUAAGGAACAGAGGUCCC